GCAUAUAAACCGCCAAAUUGAUCCAACGACGACGACGACGAAGAAGAAGCCGCGUCACAUCCGGUGAUACGGUUCGAGAGGCGCCAAAAAACAAAACAAGUCGUUCAUCUGGUUUAAAAGGACGAUAAAGACAUCACUGAUGUGUUCAGCGGUGGACAGUGCAGAAAUCAUCAUCCUCAGUGAUGAUGAUGAAGACAUAUCCUGCAGUGAAGCCUCGGUUCUCUUCGUGGAGGACGUGAAUAAGAAGAAGAAGAAGAAUGACUGUCCUCUGCCUCCCACCGCUCUGGAUGAAGACCUGGUUGUCACCUUCUCUCAUCGUGCUGAGGUGCUGCCUCACGCUCGCUAUGACUGCCCCAUUCAUCCUUUCACUGCUACAGAUUGUGAGAUCGGAGGUGCCGUUGCCAGUAACCAGCUCAUUUGUGAUCAGUGCUUCUGCUACAUCUGCGACAAGCUGGCAUCAUCAUGUGUACUGUGGUGUCACAGCGGUGUGUCUCACUGCAACAGCCACAAGAGGAGCGACUUCUGGAACAACCUCAGAAACAGCUUGUUGCUGGGACGACUGAAGGCGUUCAACCUCACACUAUCUGAAAUAGAUGCUCAUCUCCGACACGCAGAGACGAUGCUGCAGAACUUAAGACAAGAGCUCGCUGCACAGUUUUCCUUCUUCCAGAAGGGAAAGAUGGUAGAGGAAUACGGUUUGAGCAUACCGGGCCAACAAGGCCUCAUCUACGAUUACACACCCGUGUAUGAGCUUGUGUCAUCAUUCCUAAAUAAGGCAGAUAAACAGGGCGGCAGAGCUGCUGCCAUCAUGAGACUGGGAGCUGCUGAGGACUUUAUUCGACAUUUUCAAGUAGCAGGGGCUUUCAUCAUAAAGUCUCCCACGGCUAAUGCUGCUGAAGCCAAAGUAGUAUUACUGCAGAGGGUGAUAUCAUCAUUGCAGAGACAGAUGGUGAUGGAUGAUUUUACUCCAGAGUUCGCCCGCAAACUGCAGGAUUUCUACAAGAAAUUAUAUUUCCCCACCGAGGUGAAAAGCCUGAGGAACAGCCUGUGUGUCCGUCCUUGGGACGAUGUCCUGCUGGUGUCUGUGCUGAAAGGACAGAAUGUGAUGGGCGUCCGAAAAGACAAAGGAAAGAAGGACGUCCUGAUUGAACAAAUCUCUAUAGUGUCACUGAGAACAGAAGCGCUACAGCGACAGCACAGGUACAGAGAGUUGUGUCGCUACCUGCGAGUCAUCCGAUCUGAUGACUCCAAACUUCUCCAGCAGCUACGAGACCUCAUCCCUAUGUUCAUGUGCAUGGCGGCAGACUUUACGUCUGCUCUGGUCACUUUGUUCCCCCCGGUGAAUCCUCCCGCGUCCCGCUUCACUCCGCACGUCUUCCACUUCUAUCUCUGCAUCUUUACAACAGCGACAGCACCGAAGAUGGUGGCUAGUCAUUCAGCACAGCUCUACUAUUCUGAUACAACGUGGGAACCGAUUAAUGGUGCUGUGCCAUUGAAGCGCGAUGGGCUGGUGAAGUUUGCCCUCAGGGUUCAGAGAUGCUGCCCUGCUGUCUUCACUGAUUCUCAGUGUUGGACCAGUUUACUCACAAUCGUCAACGCACCUCAUGGUUCAGUCACCGCUCUACCAGCGCCAAGCCCACAGUUUCUACACGAAGCAAAGGAUGUUGUGAAUCUGAUAGUGCUCGACCAGCAAUGGACAAACAUACAGAUCCCACGAAACUUUCAGGCGGUGUACCCAGAUCAGGCCUUGUUGUUGUUGGUAACAGGAGCUUUAAGUUUGAGAAUCCUUAAUUCUGCUCUGAGUCCAGCGCUCCCCGUGCUGAACACGUUUAAGGACAACGCGUGGGCUCUCCAGUGGCUUUGGGACAGUUUGUCCUCCAGCGCAGAACGCCUCAGCUCCUUCCUACAGGAGCUCACACAGGAGAUGACAAACAUGUCAGAUGGGGAUAGUUUGUUACCCUCUCUGCGUGCCCUUGUACCCACUCAGUCUUCUGAAACAGAGAACUGGGACCAGAAGUCCGGUGGCUCUUAGACUCUACCAAGUGUCGCAGUGUCAGCUGGCUGAUUCUCUUUCACAUGAAUAAGUCUAUUUGCACAGAAAACAACCAAACUCUGAUUCCACACUGAUGUUACUGCCAAACACUGAAGGGAGUCGGUGUCUCCUCUGGACCGGGUCGAGGAUCGCGGAGAGCUGACUGAGUGACAGAUGAAUGUGUCGGACAAUGUUUCUACAGACACUACUUUCCUGGUGUCAACAUCACUUUUCCUGUAAUAACAUUAUACAGACACUUUAUGUUACGCCCACGCUGAUGGUCUAAACUCUGCACUGUGGGAUUAUUUUAUUUGAACUGAUUGGUGUUUUGUGUUCUGCUUCUUAAACUAUUAAUCUUCUGACACAUAAUCAGUGAUCCACUAACCUGGAAAUAUUUACUUUUAUCAACGCUCAAAGUGACUGUGGUUAAAUAAAACUGGAAAAUGUACUGUAUUUGUGAAAAUAAAGUGGAUGAUUGUCUAACUUGUAAAAUAUGACUUUAUUUUCAGAGUAAAUGUACACACACUGAAAUAGGCUCAAAUUUGCAUCAAAACAGUAACAAACAUAAAAUACAGUGUAAAACAAAGAGGCUGUGGCUCUGUCUUUAGCUCAGCUGCAGUUUAGAGUUCGUCUGGAACGAAUCAAUCAUAAUUAAUUAGCAGGUUCUUCUUAACUGUUUAAAAACCGUCAAUUUAAAAACUCUGUGUCGUUACAAAGGCAAGUAUAGCAUAAGCUGAAUAAAACAUGUUUAGUUCAUUUAAAGUUAUAGGACAGAUGAUCUUCAGACAAACUCCCAAGGAAAACAUUUUGGGAAAUCAACUGUAACUUCAUGGACUCUGCACCGGUUGCCUGGCAAAUGAUCACCUGGCAACCAAUCCUGAUUUUGUGAGGAUCAAAAACAAAAUGUGAGCACUGAGCUCAUCAUCUCUGCCAUAAACUUUUAUGAAGCUUAUAAUGUUUCAGUUUUUGUCGACACUGUGUUUACUGUUGUGGUUGUACAGCAGUGUUAAACUGGACUGAGGUUACACAUGAGAGGGACAUGAUAUUAAAAACACCUCAACAUGAUGCAGCACAAUGAUAAACUGAAAAAGAGGAAUAAAUACCUCUGACGUUGUCAACAAAAACUGAAAGCUUUGAGUUGUAUUCAAUCACAUUAGAUUGUCCAGUCGUACCUAAUGAAGUGGCCUCUUAACUGAUGCACAAACAGAUUAAUAUUGUGAUAUAAGUCGACUGAGAGGAGACAGAAUUUUAAUAUAAACCCUGAGAACCAGUUUUAAACUGCAGCUAAACAUGUUAAAUAUUAAAUCACAAAA